AUGCUCAUGCAAAAAGAGCAAAAGUUGAAUCUUGAGCUUGGAAGUGGGUUGGAAGCUCUAGAGGAGAACGAGGAUGAAAGUGCAGGAAAGGCGUUUGUUGCUAAGCGGGAAAGGUAUGGGGUAAUCGUUGCCAAGGGGUCAAGCAAGCGGGGAGUCACCGAAGGGGGAAGGAGGGACGCCCUAAACACGAAAAAUUGCUACGCUUGCGGUGAGAAGAGCACAUCCGGGCCUAUUGCCGGAAGUGGAACGCGAAGUGCUUCACUUGUGAGCAUAGAGGGGCUUGGGGGAGAAGCCUUGACGGCGCUGGGGAUCGAGAAAGUCGUCUGGGAGUGUAAAACGCCGAACGGUGCACGCACGGUAAACCUUGGACGAGUUUUGGCACGUUCCGGGAGCGAGGGCGAACGUGGUUGCUAUGCGGAGAGCAACGGACGCGGGUGCAAGGGCAUCGCUCGCUUUGAGACGGAAGGCGUGGUGAGAAUGGAGGCGGUGCAACACGGCAGGUUGUGGGAGAUUGCAACGGUGAAAAAGGCGAGAGCUUUCUUGGCGGUUAAGGCGCCGGCCGAGAUGGGGCGCCGGAUCAGAGAGGCGGCAAGGAAGCCGCAAGUGGUAGUGGGAAAGAAGCGAGUGGAGGUGAAGCCGGUCAACUACAUUGAGAUGGACGAGGUCCAUCCGGUGAACACGGAGACGGAGCCCAAGGAUCACGGCGCAAUGGAAGCCGUGGGAGCCUCCGCGAAAGACAUGGAGCCGCUGCAGCGGAAGUACGCGAACGCGACCUUCUUGCGUGCCACGCGCUCCCGUGCAAAGUGGUGA